CCUGAUCCAGAGGUUGCCGCCGUUUCCGGGGGGGCUUGUUGAGCUAUCGCUCCUCACCCAUUAUGCUGAUCACAAGGCUCCCUGGGCGUGGCAUGCACUCCUACGCACAGACGAGCGGUAUGUGGACCGUCGACAGUUGAAGGUGGCCACAGCUGGGGGGAAGGUUUGGAACCUUGCUUGUGAUGGUGAUUCAGACAGUCACAGGCGGGUUCGAGAGUUGAUUGAGCAGACGGGUCUUCAUCAGCUACCCUAUUGCAGCUACCCGGUGACAGAUGCAGGCCUUAUUUUGGCCCUUGUGGAGCGAUGGCAUGAGGAGACUAGUAGCUUCCACAUGCCGUUCGGGGAGAUGACUAUCACCUUGGACGACGUGUCGGCUCUUCUCCAUCUCCCCAUGGGGUCGAGGUUCUAUACGCCUGGGAGGGGGGAGAGGGACGAGUGUGCAGCGCUCUGUGCUCAGUUGAUGGGAGGAUCUGUUGGUAUUUAUGAGGCUGAGUUUGAUACGAAUAGGUCCCAGACUAUUCGCUUUGGGGUCUUGCAGACCCGGUAUGAGGCUGCGUUGGCGGAGCACCGAUAUGAGGACGCUGCACGGAUUUGGCUGGUGAACCAGCUAGGCGCCACGCUCUUUGCUAGCAAGAGCGGAGGCUACCAUACGACCGUCUACUGGAUAAGGAUGUUGGAGGAUCUUGGUCGAGUGUGCGAGUACGCGUGGGGCGCGAUUGCGCUCGCUACGCUAUACGACCAGCUUAGUCGAGCGUCCAGGAGGGGGACGACCCAGAUGGGAGGUUUUAGCUCGCUCCUGCUAGGAUGGGUCUACGAGUACCUUUCUGACCGCGUCAUUAUCCGUAGGGCGGAUCCAGAGUACUCGCAGGACCAGCCUAGGGCGCGGCGGUGGGCUAUGUCCCGGGUCGGGCAUGCAGGCCUUGAUGAGAGGCGAGUCAUGCUCGAUGAGCUGACAGUGGAUGACGUUAUAUGGACCCCAUUUGAGGACCAUCGGGCUCAUCGACCACGGGAUCCGAGGGCCAUGUAUUCUGGCUACAUCCGGUCGCCAUUUGGCCGUGUUGUUCGACGGCAUCUACCAGAGAGGGUUCUGCGCCAGUUUGGCUACAUACAGGAUGUCCCUCGACACCCCUCUGAGAUCCAGACGUCUGGGUCCCUUGCUGAGACCGCAGAUGCUGCCUUUGCUGAGUUUGCGCCGCACCUCCGCCCUCAGGGGAUCCCCGCUACAUAUCCGGGAGAGGCUGUGGAGGAUUACAUGAGGUGGUACAGCGCUGUGUCCCAUCGGUUCAUCAUCCCUGAUGAUAGGAGGGAGGAGUUCAGUGCAGUGACUGUUAUGCGUCGGGCCGUGGACUUGUUGGAGCAGUCACUCGAGGUGCCAGAUGCUCCUGCAGAGGGCACGCAUUCCCGAUCCCUCACUGAGAGGGCGCUGGAUCUUAUUAGAUCCAAUGCCUUCAUUGGUACCCAGGGGGUAGCCUUUGCUGCUGUCCGAGGAGCUAGAGCUGCAGGAGGCAGAGGUCGUGGAGACAGAGCGCGUGGAGGCAGAGGCCGUGGAGGCAGAGCCCGUGGAGAGGGUGCUCCUGCAGAGGGUGCGCGUGGAGGCAGAGGCCGUGGAGGCAGAGCCCGUGGACCUAGAGGUCGUAGAGGGGCCGGUAGGGGUCGGGGCGAGUGAUUGACUGUAUAUUUGUAUAUUUUUUUUGUAUUUUUAUAUUAUGACAUGUGACUCUUUGUAUUAGGACUCUCUUUAUAUUAAUCAUGCUUUCUAUUUUCACUCAUUA